AUGCAGAGCUUAAAGAAUUUAUAUCUUUGCAAUACCAUCUUUUUGCUUCUUCUUGUCAGCCUAGGUAAGUAUUUCUUUUGUAAAUUGUACUCCGGCGUGUCAUGAUCAUUACCGCCGGAAUUGCUGCACAUGAAAGUUUUCAUAUGCAUUAUGUACGGUAAAAUCUCGUGUGAGACUUGUGUUUUAGUGCGUGAUUGCUUACUUUUUUCCUCGGUAAGCGUCGUGCGUGAUCGCUGAUCGCGGUUUAUUUAAUCCUUUCUCUUCCGAUAAAAGUUUAUUUCAGAAAGGUUGCUGUGAUAAGGUGAUAUUGUCGAAGCCGAUUGUUCUUGAACGAUCUCUUGGCAAGCGUUCAAUUAUUGUAUUUGCUAACUUUAUAGAUCUGUUUCUGAAAAAAAGGGGAGCCAAAAGUAGGAAAUAGGAAAAAAGAUUUUAGAAAAUGAGAUUGGUUGUUUUUAUAGGACCUUGUACUGAACAGAAAACGUACAAGUCAAUGUCGCGGGCCGAGUCUCUCUCAUGUAAUUAACCUUGAAAACUGAUUAACUCGCCUUUUUAAGGGUUAUUGUCUAAAUACCGAGCAUGUGAUUGAUCAACUGGGCAGUCUGUUUCCUACACUGGAAGUUGUCGUUUUGGGAAAUAAUCCUGAAUUUUUUUUGUUCCCAUUUAACUCUAUCAAGUUCUCAACUAAGGGUGACUUGUGGUUUAAGUCAUCUUAUCAUUUUCCGAAUUUUGGUUUAUGCUGUCUUUUGACCUUGGGCCACAGGUGGACUAAUUAAUUGUUUCACAUCAUGUUUUACGUGAAGGAGUUUUAAUCCUUAUCUGUUUUAUAAGGGUUUCCCUUUUAAUGGAUUUUCCCUUUGUGGUAAUUCUGGAAUUUGUUCAUUACCUCAUUCUGGUCCGUCAGGUUACUUGAAUGAAUGUUUUUCUCACGUUUAAAAGCUUAUAACACAGAUUCACCUCACAUUUGAUGCGGAUUAAUGACCAUGCAAAACAUUUCUUAACUUACAGGAAAUUAGGAGAGUUUAAAAGACACGAAUGGUGACUUUCAUGUGCAUGUGCCAUUUCCCAUUUAUAUCAAUAAAAAAAUUUCUUUAUACAUACAUAACAAAUACUGGCGACAUACUCAGCUAGAGAUAUUAACCCUGUAAUGGACUACAGCCGAACCUCCACUAUGGACACCUCUCUACAACGGCCACUUUUCAUCGUCCCGGCGGACAAAAAAUCCAUACAUUGACUCUUGUUUCAACCUCACUACAAUGGCCACUUUCUUCUGUCCCCAAGGUGGCCGUUGUAAAGAGGUUCAACUGUAGCAUUUAUCCAUGAGGGAGUAGCAAUACUGACAUUAGGGAGCUUAAGCAACAACGUUUUUGAGCGACGCACGUCAACCGGAAGUGGCCUUUUUUCAGUUUUUGACGGUGGUUUCGCGCAAAUUUUCAGUCAAAUCGCCUAUAUCCUAACAGAAUACAAAUUUUAUAUCAUCAAGGCAUGUUAAGAGGGAAAAUUUACCUCAGGGUUUACGACCAGGCCUUUGACCUUUUUUCUUUUUCUCCUUUAAUUCGUUUGAACUUUCUUGUAAAACAACACGAUCAGGGAACCCCUCUUGUAAUUGAAUGCCUAUGCAAAAGACCAAAGUUAGUUAGGUUAGCUUUAGUUGGGACUUCUUGGUGGCCAUACGUGGAAGAGGGGGGAGGGGGGUAGAUUUUUUGUUUUUUUGGGAAUCCUCUCGACAGGGUAUGCUCUUUGGGAUCAUUAUACGUCUCUGGGAAACUCUCCACCUUCCCUUCCCCUUAGCCACCGUUAACACCUACUUUUCACUUAGGGCAAAAAUAUUGGCUUAGGGGAGGGGUAGGUGGGCAGUUUCCCGGACAUGUACAACGAUCUACUCUUUGCCUCUCUGACUCUGACUCUCUGGAGGAGAGGUAUAUUUUACUUCAGUUUGACUCUGGGACAGGGUCAAUUUUCCCCAUAAUCCCUUAUUAUUCUCGAUCAGGUUAAGGUGCGAAACUAUGCCCUCUUUGUCGUUUCUUUACUACCAAAUAAAAUAUUCAUGACACAGUGUGACCUCUAUAUAACGAAGGACCAAAAGUCUGACAAUGUGUUCGCUAUAAUGAGGUUUCAGUGUAUUGAGGUUCUUUUUCAUUGCUUUUGCUAUUACCAAGGCAAAGAAUGUUGUUAGUUAUACCAAGGACUUUGCACAUAGAGGUCUGUUAUAUUGGGGCCACUGUAAUAAUGUGUACAGUGUUUUUUGCUCAUAAAUGUCUGAAACAGGAUUCCUAUUUUUACAUUUAUCGUCUGGAACAGGGCCUUAAAUUCAUCUCUGUUUGUCUGGAACAGGUUCAUGGGGAAACACCCUCUAAAAUUGAAGGGAGUACCCUGCACUCCCCCCCUCCUCCAGGGCCAAUGUCAAAUCUUAGCAUCUUGGAAGUCCAACUGUAUAGGAACAUUCAGGAAAAUCAAGAAGACUUGAGAAAAAAAACACCACUGAAAAGCAUAGGCCAAAAAGACUACAGACCAUAGAAUAUGUGUGAGCUGACUACAUAUUUUUCUUCCAACAUAACUGAGAAGGUUAAAGGCAUGUUCCUGUAUUAUGAUGGUAGAGCCAUUACACUGGUAAUUGCCUCCAACCUAUUUUGUUAUGGUGCUGGUUGGGUUUUAAGCCCUGAUUUUCAUGUUGGUUGCGUUUCUUUUUUUUUGUUUUCUGGUCCUGUUCCAAGGGUUUCCAUUUUAUGCCCCCCCACCAACAGGACAAAAUCCAGUAUUUCCAGUCUCUGAUUCAAGUCGAGGUUCAAAGGCUAGAGAGUUGUCAAUCAAAGGACAAGUAUGCCUCCCUUGAUGCUCGGAGCAAGCCCUGAGGAGCCACUGGGCUCUAAUAAUGAACAGCCAGGAUAAUGUCAACAUGCCAUCAUAGUUACUAACUAUACUAACUAUGAUGCUAUAUACAGAUUACAGAUAGCUCAUGACAUUCAACAGACUUCACUUAUUGACAACUUUAACUAACUGAUAGUGAAAAUCUCUACAGACUCUGACUGGAGUCUCAGCAGCUAACAAACUCAUAACUUACAAACUGGCAAAAUGACAGUUAAAAGGGUAGUUGAACUUCUAUUCAAGGGACACCCUUGGGACCGAGGCAAGUGUCCCUUGAAUAGAGGUAGAGCUGGAGCUUGUUAAUUAAUAACCAACAAAGACAAGAUGAAAAAUCAUCUUCAACUUAUCUCUGCGACAUUAUAUGUUGAAUUCACACAAGUUCAGUACUUUGAUUUCAGUGACAUAGUUCAGUUUGUGAAAGCUUCCAUAAUAAUUGUGAUUCGUGUACACAUAAAGAUAUCAACCCUCUUUAUGGUCAGUCACUUUUUCAGUGCUAAGGUCUCCCCUGAAUGGAGGUUAAACCCAGGUUUUGGAACCCAGAAAGUGUCACUUUCCCCUGAAUAUAGGUGUCCCUUCAAAAGAGGUAAUAAAUGCAAAGAUUAUGUGGGUAUUUUUGCGUCCCCUGAAUGGAGGUGUCCCUUAAAUAGAGGUGUCCCAAUGGAGAGGUUCUACUAUAUAUAACUUACAUAUUGAGUAAAGUAUGAAUAGAAUGUAUCAUUGUGUAGUGAUACAACUGUUUUCCCUUCCAGGCUCAUUACAAAAUGCCUUUGGAAAAGAAACCCCCUCAAGCACCCAUCAUAAAGUCUUCAAUAAUGAUAAGAAAGCAGUUGAAUUCUUGAGGAAAUUAUCAGAAAGAGCGCGCCCUCAGCAACCAACCCCAAAGUACAACACUGCAUCAGACAUCGACUUGCGCCAUGUAGUCUCCACACGAUUUAUGAAGGAAAUGGCCAAGCUGUUUUUUUCUCUCCCUGAUUUGAAUCAAUGUAACAUAAUGGCAGCUGUAUCAAGGACAGCAGGGUGCAAAUUAUCAAAUAUUACUGGGUUUCUUGUCAACUUAACAGAGACAAAACAUGAAGCUGCUAUUGUGAGCUGUCACGCUGAUGGUUCUAUAAAAUAUGGUACAAGCUGCAGUGAAGCAAACAAAACCAUUGUGGUAAGCUCCAUUGGCAAUGAGCUCUUGGAAGUCUUUAGGAAACUACCAGCUCCUUUUAAAUGUAACGUUGUCAACACUGUUGCUCUGAUUUAUAACCUUAAAGGUCGAAGACAUUUAGCUAACAGAUUCUCAAAUCAGGAGUUAACUGCCCGCAAAGCUCGUAACAUGGUUAUGAAAAUUUAUCCAUCCGUUAGUGUACCUAAGACUUGUAUAGACCCUGAGGUACCAAUAAAUCACCUUGUACCCUCUGCUCCUUUGGUGAAUAUCACUGUAAACCUUGGCAAUGGAAACAAGACAUCCUGGUUAGAGAGUCUAAAAGAAAAGGGGCCAAACAUUUUGAGGGCUGUCUAUGAAUAUGAAGCACUGAAAAAAAAGAUUAUUGGGCAAGGCAGUACUCAGCAGUAUUUAGAGGAACAGAAGGAAGUCAUUGCCAGUGCUCAAUUUGUCCUAGUUACAGCAAAUGGCAGUAAUAAUCCACUUUCAGUUCUCUUCAAACUGAAAGUGAAAAGGAAGCAAUCUAAUCAAUUAAGAGAAAUGAAGUCAACAUACAGGAUUGUGCAAGCUCUGGCAGGAAAAACACAACAACAGCUGAGGAUAAUCUUUAAUGCCUCCGAUGUCAGUGUUGGGCUGAGUAGAGAGCAGUCAAAAUUGACAAGAACAUCACCACACGAAAACAACUGGACCUUGAAUCAGAUCAGUAAAGCAAGGGAUAUGUUUCCAAAGAAUUUAUCCGAAUAUCACAAGCAACUAGCAAAAACAGCACGAUGUGUUGUCAUCUACUACAUCUCUAAGAAAAUGAAGAAAAGUCCCAGAACAAUGGAGAUGCUGUACAACUCUUACAAUCAAUUAUCAAGAAAACAUUGCUGUUACUACACAGAGAGAGCUGUUUCCACCGACACACCAAUUACUAUACCCUUCACAGCGGAAAUUUUCAGAAACACUCUGGCAAGUUUUUCAACUGUGACUGACAAAACAAGGCUAAGAAUACCAGAAAGGAAUGGCCCCACCAUGGAAGUUGUUUCAGAAAAGGCUGUCAGCGAGGAUUCCUCAGCUUUGGAAAUCGCACUUUUUACAAUAGUGGGACUUCUUUGUGUUAUUAUUCUGGUUUUUACAGUCAACUGGGUAACAGCUUUGAAAAGCAGGCCAAAAUAUCAAGACAAUUCUGUGCCAAAUGGUACACCUCCGACUGUAGUGCUCCAAGGCAGUGCUGUUUCUUCUUCUAGUAACAGUGGACAACAUGAUUGUGUGUAUGUUAGUAAUGGUUAUCAAAGGAAUAAAAGGCAAAUGCGGUCUCCUCUUAAAACGCAUCUUUCUACAGCAACUGAAAACAAAUUAAGCAAACUAAACUCAGCACAGCCAUCUCAUGAUCUUGGAUGCACUGAUGAAAACACUGGCCCUGGAAGUUCUCCAUCUUUUCAUGAUAGCGCUGACAUUACUACAUCAGGAAAUACCAGAGCACGUGUAGAGAAUGAAUAUUGUGCAAUAGAUUAUUCUUUACAGCAGCAAAGGAAUGGCAAUACUCAAGUGGAAUCUCCUUGGAGAAAGCGUCUUCCUGAAAAGACUGCAUGCAACCAGGGAAGGAAAGAGACACUUGAUCUCAGUGUGUGGGACUGUGAGAGAGAUUUAGAAUCACAAGGAAAAGCGAUAAGUUAUUGCAGUAUUUCUGACUCAAAUUGUAAAUUACAACCUCAUAGAACAAUAGGUCCCAGAGGCUGUAUACCAUCAGAACAGUCACAUAAAAUGGUAGUCGUUUUGCUGGACAGUAAGGAAACAAAAGAGGAAGAGGUUUAACAUGCUUGUCGCAAACGUGUUUGACAACAACAAAGUCACAAGGCCAUGCUCUGCUAAGAUAAAUCCUAAGUACUGUGACAUACCAGUCCACCAUUGUUGAGAAACAAUGGUCUAUAAAGAGUAUAUCUUAGUUGGGAUGUUAUUGUGUCAAAGAGGGAACAAACAUCAGAAUUAAGAAAACCUAGAAACUGCUGUCUGUAACAGUAUACAGUUUAUGGAUUGUGGUUUUAACUCCCAAGCUACUGUUCACCACACAGGCAACAUUCCAGGAAUAUUUUCAGGUUCACAGCUCUCUUACAUCACUGACUUUUAAUGCUGUACAUAACAAGUUUUGUUUGUGUUAUUUAUUACAUGCAAAGUUCCAACACAUAUUGAUAUAUCACUCAGAGCAGAACAAUCUGUUUUUUCCAGUAAAAUCUUCAGUCAACAGUAACAUUCUCCUUAACGGCUAAAACUGUCAAGUACUCAGUAGUUUUAAAUGAUAACUAACUAAUCACAUUAACACUUGAAAAAAAACAAACAUUGCAACCCUUCAACACUUUGUUGCAUCUUAUUUAAGACACAAAAAAUUUAAUUUUGGUCUUUUGUACAACAUCAUUUUAAAAAAAAUUAAUUUUUGCCCCUUUAAUUAGCUUUCAUUAGAAAAUAAGGUAACACUAGAAAUGAAGGCUGGGAUAUGAACAAAUAUACAGUCAGAAAAAGCACCUCCUUAAAAGCCAUCUUAAAUUGUGCUGAGAUAAGUUAGUCUCUUUCUAAUAACUAGGGUGGGUGGUCCUCGAAAAUUUCAGCUUCUUCUGCACAGCUCUGUCUAUCAACCUCUUCCCCAAUGAAGGCCCUUAUGUUCCAGGUGUGGGAAUUUGAUGGGUCGUUUGAACGGGCAACUUGGUUAUACUUUUCUUUUCAUUUCUCUUUUCUUUCUCUUCUUUGUUAUUUUUUUCUUUUUGCUAAGAUGCAACAAAGUCUUUUGAUUCAAGUGCAAUAGUUGGAUCCCCUAAUGAUAUGCUUGUACCACUAAAAUAAAUCACUGUAGUGUAAAGCAAAUUGGUCAUACCAACUAUUUACAUUACUUUCUGUUCCCCAUUUAUGUACAUACAUUUUUAGUUGCUUUGUUAAGAAAAUUGACUUAAGCUUUAUUUCAUGUACGUUGAAUUUCUGCUGUGAAUCAAGCCCAUUUAACUCUCAAAGCCUAAAAAAAAGAUAUAGAAGUUUAGGGUUGCCUGUCUAUAGCAAGCUACAAGCGGGAUAAACAGUAAAUCAACAAAUUAUGUGCUCAAACAAACAUUUAUAUUUUGAUCACUCUAUAAAUUUUAUUUGAUCAAGACUAGUUUAAAUUUACGUUAAAUUGAAGCUCAUGUUCUUUGUAAAUUAUUCUACUUAACAGCAAACACAAUGCUUUAUCACCUGAAGAAAGUUAUUGUGUAGCUGAUAAAACAUACUUACAGACACAUCUGAUCUGCUCAUACUUGUACAUAGAGAAAUCAACUUAUUUAUCUUGUCACAAAUAUUUUGAUGUGACAUUAAGUAAAAAGAUUAGGAAAUGGAUGUAUAGUGUUAUUUUGUUACUGUUAUAAAUUAGAACAUUAGGCUAAUUCAGACAUUAAAAAUUCAAAUUUUUGACAAUUGAGUGACUUAAGAAAUAUGUAUAAGACAGAGACAGGGGAACCACUUGAGUUCUUAUGGGAUAUUGACAAAGCUAACUAUUUUUGGCAGGAGAAUUUUUAUUGGGAGAGG